GCAUGGCUGGCAAUAGGUACGCUGGGUACGAGUGCGACUUUGAGAGCCAUUCUAUUCCGUAGGAUUCCGAAACUACCCUUUGGGUUUCUUGGACAAGGGACCAUUGCGAUUCUAUUUCGUCGCCGAUGGUCAGAUCAGUUCGCCAAUCUUUGUUCGCAGUUUAAUCAGAUCGCCGGAGAUGGGUGACAGCCAGUACUCCUUCUCGCUCACCACCUUCAGCCCGUCCGGGAAGUUAGUUCAGAUCGAACAUGCCUUAAUGGCAGUCGGAUCCGGCCAGACUUCGCUGGGUAUCAAAGCGGCCAAUGGUGUUGUCAUAGCUACCGAGAAGAAACUUCCUUCCAGUUUGGUGGAUGAAACGUCAGUGCAAAAGAUUCAGCUUAUGACGACUAAUAUUGGGGUUGUUUAUAGUGGCAUGGGCCCAGAUUCUCGUGUUCUAGUAAGAAAAAGCAGAAAGCAAGCACAACAAUAUUUUCGGUUAUAUAAGGAGCCUAUCCCAGUAACACAACUUGUAAGAGAAACUGCAACUGUUAUGCAGGAGUUUACACAAUCUGGUGGUGUACGGCCAUUUGGAGUUUCUCUUCUGGUUGCUGGAUAUGAUGAUAAUGGGCCACAGUUAUAUCAGGUUGAUCCAUCUGGUUCAUACUUCUCUUGGAAGGCGUCAGCAAUGGGGAAAAAUGUUUCCAAUGCUAAGACAUUUCUUGAGAAGAGGUAUACUGAAGAUAUGGAGCUUGAUGACGCUGUUCACACUGCCAUAUUGACUCUCAAAGAAGGGUUUCAAGGACAAAUCUCUAGCAAGAAUAUUGAAAUUGGAAUUAUUGGCGCUGACAGGAAAUUCAGAGUAUUGACUCCAGCAGAAAUUGAUGAUUACUUGGCGGAGGUGGAGUAGCUUCUUUGAAGUCGCUCCAUACAGAAUACGAUCUUGGUCUCAGCUUUAAACAUGUUAGUCCAUUGGUGGUUCUGGACAUGUCAUCGAACUUAGUACAGAUCAUCAUUUAAGUCCAGACUAAUUUUCUUUGUGAUGGUGCAAUUGAAAUUUCCUAGCCUGUUCUGAAUGUGUGCUCAGGUGAUGUUGACGUCGAUAAGCGGAGUUGUCGAGUGCAAUUUUAUUCAAGUUAAAUGUUGAUCAAAUUUUAAUACCCGGCCAACGUUAAAUUAGACUUUAAAUUAAUAUCCAAGAUAUUAGCUUUUAUAUGUUA